UUUUUUAAAACCCUUUAGAAAGGAUUAGUUUUGUUCGGACGCUUUAACCGUAUUAAUUACAAAUCUGCUUAAUGAAUAUUCAUCGAGCAAGUAUGAUUUUAAGAGGUUGUGAAACCUUUGACGAUUGGAUAUUUAUGAUGUGAGAUCGCAACAAAAGAUUUGCGCGCCAUUCAAACGGACAACAACAUUACACCAGCCGGUUCCCGCGAUCACGGCUCUUUUACUGUCAAGGAGCCUUUAAUUUCCAACUCCAAAAACUGAUUAUGAAAAAGGAAACAAAACGCUUGCUUGUCCGUGGAACAUUUUUUGUACUUUAUCUUGCCAUGGGGAUGUUGGUUUUUAGACAACUCGAGUCACACAAUGAGCAACUCGGUAUGCUGAGGGCAAAACAGGCCGUUGAUCACAUGUUGAUUAAGUAUAACAUAAGCCACGAUGUGAUGAACGAAUUCGUCGCAAUCAUAACCGAGGCUGAAAGUUGGGGAUAUACGAGUGGGUGGCUGGAGAAGUGGACUUUCACAGGAUCCUUAUUUUUCUCUGGAACUGUAAUUACGACAAUUGGUUAUGGACACUUUGCCCCUAGAACCUUACCUGGUCGCCUGUUCUGUAUGGUUUACGCCUUAUUUGGCAUACCGGUCACGUGGCUAAUGCUGACGUCACUGGGAAGAAAAAUCGUGGAGUACAUUGGAUUAUCGCUACAAAACAGGGAAUGCAAACCGGAAACUAAGCUGUAUAACCUGUUUUGUCUGCUGGUUGCUACACUGUUAGCGUUUUUCGUAAUGAUGGUCAUAGCUUUGGUAGGAAUGUUUGCAGAAAACUGGACAUUUUUUGAAGGGAUGUAUUUUGCUUUUAUAAGUGUAACUACAAUAGGAUUUGGCGAUUAUGUUCCAAUGCAUCCGAAUUUCAAUCCCAAAGAUGUGGAGCGGUCUUCCUUUUCAAUAUCUUUGUUUGUGUUGUUUUGCUUUUUGUUGUUUUCGUUCGGACUCGCUGUCAACACAAGUGUGUUGUUAUCAAUACGAAAAAUAAUGGAGGAUAAAACUAUCUUUGGGUUCCACUCGCUGUAUAACAGCGAGAGUGAUGACGAAGAAGAUACAAUCGACGAAGAAGAAGAAAUAAACAGGAACACAAAAUGAUAUCGACAAUAUAAAAAAGUGUUUCAGUAAGAGGGUACAGCCGAGGAAUCAUAGCAAAAGAACAUACCACUGAGUAAGCGGUAGAUUUUGCAGGAGACAAAUCCCCGGAAGCAUAAAGCAAGAAGAUUCCCCGGAGCGGAUAACCAGGAGAAGUCGCAAGGAAAAAUAACCAGAAGAACAUGAAAGGGACAGCCGUCGACCAAAAUCCAGUUUGCAAAACCUAGACAUCAUUACUAAGAUAAUUGUUUAGGAUGUUUUUGGCCUCUCUGUAAUUACUUUUACUGUUUGAGUAAUAAAAAUAAAUGAAUAAAAAGCCAAAAUGAACGACCGAGUGCGUAAGGGGAGAUUUUUAAAUGGUAGUUUUAAUGACACUUUUUAUUGUUAUCUAUGCGAGAUAACACAAAAUUUUGUAGACGGAUUUUGAACUCUUUUUCAAAUAGUUAAAAUUUUACUUUGUCCUAGUUUGA